GGCACCAUCCUGCAUGUCAGACCUGGGCCAGAACGUGAACUGAAAGAGCUUUCAUGCGUGUUUGGCUGAAGCUGUCCACAUUGCCUCUGGAUACUACACAUCUCGGUUUAGCACUGCGCGUGCUGUCGACUUUUAUUUGAGUCGAACCCACGACCAUGUAUUCCAAGUUGGCAUCUGUGCUGGCCUGCCUUGCGUUCGCGCGGGCCCUCGACACCAAGAAGCGGGGUUCCUGCGAAUGCCUGCAGUGGGCAGGAGUGUAUUACGACCAGCUGGCCGCCUGCGGCCGAGGCAAGGAGCUUCACUUCCUCUCCAAGUACGGCUUCAGCGCCGCGUACGCCGCCACCGAGCCCAUCGCCGGCCUGCCGCACAAGGUGUGCAACGACUAUUUCAAAAACCUGAAGAACAACUCCUGCGUCAACGUUGACCUGUUGGCGACGAGCACAGCUGAUGAUAACCUCCACCCGGCGAACAAUUUCCCAGCCGACCCUCUGGCCGCUUCCCAGUGGUGCUAUGUGUCGAACGAUUGCGACACCCUGAACGGUGGCGAUUACGCCACCAACAUCAUGGGAUUCCAGCUGGGCGGGUGGAACAACCUCGCCAGCACGAGCAACCUGUCCUGGAAGAUCUGCGAUCCAGUCGCGGACGCGGGCGUCAUGAUGAAGUUCAAGACGGUUGCGGAGCUGAACGCGAUCGCCGAGGAGAGCGACAUCAGCAUUUCUCGCACGCUGCGGUUGGCCUACCCCGUCGUGCAGAUCACUUGGGCCGAGGCCAUGUACAUGAUGGAGGGCAUCAACGCUGCUUGGGACGGCGUCGCCACCUUGACCGAUCUGGUCGACGGGCUGACGGCUCCGCCCAGCUCCCCCGCCAGGCUCAUGGAGGUGCACACGCAGCUCGGCGACAUCGUCAAGUCCGGGCAGGGCUACAUCCUCGACACCCCGGGGCACGGGGACAACUUCCACGUGAUUAGGGGCCGCGAGGUCUACACCGUGACAAGGAUCGCGCUGGGCGACAUGGCGUACCUCGGCGGCCACUUCUACCUGGAGUUCGAGCUGAACUGCCUCAUGGGCUGCGUCACGUCCCGCGUGGAGGUUAAGGCUACUGCCCGAAGAUCGACAACGAGAGGUCCAGAAAGGCUCAGGAAAUAUUCAAGACGAGCUCGGAUGUCCACACGAAGACGCCACCAGCGCCCCAAUAGGACUUCGAGAGGGAUUUAGGAGAGCUAGAUUUUGAAAAUGCCCCCAGCAUCAGAACACCACUUGUACUUGACGCCACGCUUUUCCCAAGACGACCCCAGUAUGACUCCUGACAUUGCAUGCGCCCUCCCGGGUAAGUUCCUGAAGCGCUCUUUCAGUUCUCGUGCUGGCCUGGGUCUGACAUGCAGGAUGGUCACCUGAUGUCUCACGCGCUCUUGACCCGUUGGACCAGAUCAUCGUGCUUAGAUGAUGAUUUGCACGUUCAUAAUGGUUCAACACUGCCCAAGUCCGUUCCCCUUACUUGUGGCCCAUGCCCUGCCUGUCUAGAGUAUCGUGGGGGUCAUGGCUGAACGGACUGCUUGCCGUGCUUUCAUUCGUUUUUGGCUGAAGCUGACCCUUUGGAUACUGCACAUCUCGGUUUAGCACUGCACAUCUCGGUUUAGCACUGCGCGUGCUGUCAAAGCUUUUGAGUCAAACCCACGACCAUGUAUUCCAAGUUGGCAUCUGUGCUGGCCUGCCUUGCGUUCGCGCGGGCCCUCGACACCAAGAGGCGGGGUUCCUGCGAAUGCCUGCAGUGGGCAGGUGUGUAUUACGACCAGCUGGCCGCCUGCGGCCGAGGCAAGGAGCUUCACUUCCUCUCCAAGUACGGCUUCAGCGCCGCGUACGCCGCCACCGAGCCCAUCGCCGGCCUGCCGCACAAGGUGUGCAACGACUAUUUCAAAAACCUGAAGAACAACUCCUGCGUCAACGUUGACCUGUUGGCGACGAGCACAGCUGAUGAUAACCUCCACCCGGCGAACAAUUUCCCAGCUGACCCUCUGGCCGCUUCCCAGUGGUGCUACGUGUCGAACGAUUGCGACACCCUGAACGGUGGCGAUUACGCCACCAACAUCAUGGGCUUCCAGCUGGGCGGGUGGAACAACCUCGCCAGCACGAGCAACCUGUCCUGGAAGAUCUGCGAUCCGGUCGCGGACGCGGGCGUCAUGAUGAAGUUCAAGACGGUUGCGGAGUUGAACGCGAUCGCCGAGGAAAGCGACAUCAGCAUUUCUCGCACGCUGCGGUUGGCCUACCCCGUCGUGCAGAUCACUUGGGCCGAGGCCAUGUACAUGAUGGAGGGCAUCAACGCUGCUUGGGACGGCGUCGCCACCUUGACCGAUCUGGUCGACGGGCUGACGGCUCCGCCCAGCUCCCCCACCAGGCUCAUGGAGGUGCACACGCAGUUCGGCGACAUCGUCAAGUCCGGGCAGGGCUACAUCCUCGACACCCCGGGGCACGGGGACAAUUUCCACGUGAUCAGGGGCCGCGAGGUUUACACCGUGACAAGGAUCGCGCUGGGCGACAUGGCGUACCUCGGCGGCCACUUCUACCUGGAGUUCGAGCUGAACUGCCUCAUGGGCUGCGUCACGUCCCGCGUGGAGGCCCUCGACCUGGAGUCGCAGUGAGCGGGCGCCGCGGCGACGAGGGCGGCCUGUCGGCUCGGAGCCUCGGGGCAGCCUGCUGGCUGUUUCUUCGUUUCCUCCGCCUCCCGGCCUCGCGAGCGGCGACCAUAUUCGCAGCCGUGCCCUCGCGAUCUGUGCACCGAGGCAGCGAUCCCACGGGUGCGCGGCGCCGUAGACGUGCGCUUCGCGCGGGGCGUGCGCGCAGAGCCGCCCCGUAUCCGUGGGCUGUCGUGGCUGGAGAGCCCGGACCCGAAGGCCGUGCACACGGGUAUGUUUCCCGCCCACGAUCCCCCUCCCAGUCUUCUCCCUCGGCAGCUCCUC